GAUGUUUUUACCGCUCAUUUCACAGUAGUACACCGAUUUUCUUUAUUUACCGUGUUGUCUCGUGAACAGAUUUAACUUGUGUCCUGCAGGGAACCAAACAGCAGGUGAGUCAAAACAACUGUCGCCAGACAUGCAGACAGAGAAAGAGGACGACGAAGAUGCGUCUCCAGAGGAGUAUGUUGCCUUGUCUAACUUCACAGGAAGUGGCAACGACCAGCUUACUUUCAGCCGCGGGGAUAGGCUGCUCGUGCACGCCAAGCCUUCAUCAGAGUGGUGGUGGUGGGCAGAGCUGGACGGGGUCACAGGUUAUGCACCCGCCGACUACCUGCGACAGGAUGCUGCUGAGGAGGAGGAGGACACCUCCCUGGAGGACCCAUGGCAAGAUGAAGAAUACUUCGGCAGUUAUGGGACACUGAGGCUUCACUUGGAGAUGUUGUCAGAUAAGAGUCGCACUGAGGCGUACCGGCAGGUCAUUCUUAGCAACAGUGGUUCUCUGCAGAAUAAGGUGGUGAUGGACCUUGGCUGUGGGACUGGCAUCAUCAGCUUGUUCUGCGCUCAGCUGGCACAACCCUCAGUGGUGUAUGCUGUUGAGGCGAGCUCCAUGGCAGAGCACACCAGACAGCUGGUGAAGCAGAACAGCUGUGAGGACGUGGUCACGGUCCUCCAGAGACGCGCUGAGGAGAUUGAACUACCUGAGCAGGUGGACGUGCUGGUUUCCGAGUGGAUGGGUAACUGCCUACUGUUUGAGUUCAUGGUGGAGUCUGUUCUGCUGGCCAGGGACCGCUGGCUUAGGGAAGGUGGUGUGAUGUGGCCCUCAUCUGCGGCCCUCACCCUGGUGCCGUGUCAGGCUGACAGCUAUUAUGCAGAGAAAAUGGCCUUCUGGGAGCGGCCCUACGGCCUGGACUUCACUCCUCUUCAGCCUUUGGCACAGCAGGAGUUCUUCACCAAGCCCAAGUUCAGCCACCUCAUUGAGCCCGGCGACUGUCUCGCUGCCCCGUGUGAUGUGAUAUGCCUGGACAUGUACACUCUGCAAAUCAAAGACCUGGAGGAAAUAAAGGGUCAGUUUCAUUUUUAUGUGGAAAGGUCUGCUGUUUUCCAUGGAUUCACCGCCUGGUUCACUGUUCAUUUCGAGAGCCUGGAGACGGGAGGCGCAGCAGUGGAGCUAAACACCGGACCUAACUCUGAGCCGACACACUGGAAGCAGACUCUCUUCAUGCUAGACAGACCCGUUAGUGUGUAUGCUGGAGACUCGAUCAGUGGAACCAUUGUCUUGCGCAGGAACCCUGUCUGGAGACGCCACAUGAACGUUACCCUGCACUGGAAAGUUUACUGCAGCACAGAGGACACAGACAAGUGCCAGGUUGGGACAAAGACUUUCCCCAUGUGGAGGUGACAGAAUCUCCGUCAGCAGGGGAGAUAUGUAGAAAAACAACAAUAAUAAAUCUUCUGUUGAGCUUUAUGGUCAGCGAGGUAUCGGCUGUGAGCUGCUUCUGACCUGGAAUAGAAUGGAAAGUUUGACUGACGCGUUGUAGUGAAUGUGAAGUCAAAAGAGGCUCAUCUGGCAGGAUACGUAGUCCUACAGUGUCAAGCCAGGUAAGCACAGGCUGCCAGGUGAUAACAGCACAAUAUAAACCAUGUUUUAAGAGCAGAUUAACAGAGAAAUUUCACGCUAACAAUGAACUGUGGAGAAUUACAGAAAAAGGGGCUUUAUAGAAGACGGUUGUGUUGACAAUGGUUGGUAACUGAAACAACAAAUUGUUUUUGACAGAUGUCUGUAGCCUCUAGGUGCAACAAAAUAAAUGGUUCAGUCCUCCA